GACACCAGUAUGCACCAGCAUGCCCCUCUCGCGGUCUAAUUCAGUGCCAACGGUGCACGCGAUAGACAAGAGGCCAACCGUCACCUUCGAUGCUCAUCAGUGGGGUGGGUGGGCCGCGCCCGCGGCUCCUCCCCCAGUACGCGCUCAUCCUCAGUGAAACAGAUCGCGGCAGUGGUUUACCACACUGCGGAGGCAGGGAAUCUUUCUUAUUACUGCUGUAACUAUUACUAAAUUUGUUGGCUAUAUCAGAAGACGAGCGUUUCUGAGCAAAACAUUGAAAGGUAACUUAGCUUUAGGAACAUCCUUCAGUACACGAACCCCCAUCGUAAGGAGCGCCGACCCCCAGGUCACUCUGUAGAGACACCCGAGCCAUACAGAGAGGGAGGGAGGCACAGCCCGCACCUGAGCUGCAGCAUGGCCGCACUGGUCUGACGAGCACCCGAGGGCUGGGAGGGCGAGCAAGCCGCCUCUGCUGACGAUGAGGACCCUGCUGCAGUAGAGACGGAUGGUAUGGGAAUGAUGGAGCUCCCCAAUGGGCAGUCGAACGUCGCCACCUUCGCUGCUACUGCUUCUGAGAAGAGCAGCAGCUCAGAGUCCCUCAGCGACAAGGCCUCUGCUGAGCUGAAGAAAAGCUUUGAUGCCGUUGUGUUUGAUGUCCUGAAGGUCACACCUGAAGAAUAUGCGGGCCAGAUCACACUCAUGGAUGCUCCAGUCUUCAAAGCUAUUCAGCCAGAGGAGUUGUCUAGCUGCGGCUGGAACAAGAAAGAAAAGCACAGCUCCGCCCCCAAUGCUGUGGCCUUCACCCGCAGGUUCAACCAGGUCAGCUUCUGGGUGGUCCGGGAGAUCCUGCACGCACAGACCCUGAAAAUCAGAGCCGAGGUUUUGAGUCUUUACAUCAGAACCGCGAAGAAACUCUGUGAGAUGAACAACCUCCAUGCAGUGAUGGCGGUGGUGUCUGGUUUACAAAGCGCUCCAAUCUUUAGGCUGACCAAGACAUGGGCACUGCUGAGCCGGAAGGACAAGGCUGCGUUCGAGAAGCUGGAGUACCUGAUGUCCAAAGAGGACAACUACAAGCGUCUGCGAGACUACAUCCGGAGCCAGAGCAUGACCUCCUGCAUUCCCUACUUAGGAAUGUACCUGUCUGACCUGACCUACAUCGACUCUGCCUACCCCUCCACUGGCAGCAUCCUGGAGAACGAGCAGCGCUCCAACCUGAUGAACAACAUCCUGAGGAUCAUCUCUGACCUGCAGCGCUCCUGCGAGUAUGAUAUACCAGUAUUGCCUCACGUCCAGAAGUAUCUCAACUCUGUCCGUUACAUUGAAGAGCUGCAAAAGUUUGUGGAGGACGACAACUACAAGCUCUCCUUGAAAAUCGAGCCAGCCACCAGCACCCCUCGCUCCACAGCCUCUAAGGAGGAUCUAGUAGGCCCGGAUGCGUCCGCCUCCCCGCUGUGUGGUCGCAGGGGCACCGCUGCCGAAGGAGCCCUGUCCAAAGUGCCGCCCACGCCCCCUUCGCCCCGCAACCUCCUCCCCUGUGGACACAGGAAGUGCCACAGUCUGGGCUACAACUUUAUCCACAAGAUGAACACGGUGGAGUUCAAGAGUGCCACCUUUCCCAACGCGGGCUCCAGACACCUGCUGGAUGACAGCGUGAUGGAGAGUCACACGCCCGCUCGCGGGCAGGCGGAGAGCUCCACACUGUCCAGCGGCAUCUCACUAGGGAGCAGUGAGGGUUCGGAGCUCAGUGAGGAGAUGUCGUGGCCGGCCUUUGAGAGGAACCGCUUCUAUCAUUCCCUUGGCCCAGUAACCAGGGUGGCCCGAAUUCCUUACCGAGGAGUCCUGAAAGCCAGCAGCUCGGCAGAGUCAGAGGAGCUGGCGGUGCACCUGUACCCCGGAGCUGUGACGGUGCAGGGGGUGCUGCGGCGCAAGACCCUGCUCAAAGAGGGAAAGAAGCCCACGGUGGCUUCUUGGACCAAGUACUGGGUGGCGCUGUGCGGGACUCAGCUGUUCUAUUACCCUGCCAAGUCUCUGAAGGCCACAGAAAGAAAGCACUUCAAAUCCACUUCUAGCAAGAGCACUUCGGUGGUGGGUUGGAUGUCCAUGAUGGCUGACGACCCAGAGCAUCCCGACGUCUUCCUGCUGACUGACUCAGAACACGGCAAUUCCUACAAGUACCAGGCUGGCAACCGGAUGAACGCUCUGCUGUGGUUUAAACACCUGAGUGCGGCCUGCCAGAGCAACAGACAGCAGGUUCCAGCCAAUCUGAUGUCCUUUGAGUGAAUGGCGCCGAAGACUUUGAGGGGGACAGUGGGUAGUGUGACUCGGCAGCACCGGGCGGGAGCCUUCCACUGCCAUGACCCCGCCCCUCGCUGCGCCCGCUGCCACCGCUGCCUUAAGAGAGAGAGAGGGGGGGGGGGGGGGGGGCCUGGGUGUGCGUGAGGAGCGGCGACAAGCACAGAGCGCCACACCCGCCAACCGCUUCCCUACUGACCCUGGAACCUGCGCCACCACUCCUCCCGAUGCUUUAAGUGCAGCCCCCCCCCCAAUUUUUUUCUCUUCUGUGUCGUCACCUCAGAACUCGAGGGCAGGGUCGGGCGAUGAGUUAGAACCUCUUAACUCGUCUGGCUCUUGAAGGGAACGGUUGGACCUCUGACCCACUGUCAUUUACCUUUACCUUUCUCCCUGUGCUCACACCUCCUCUUUUGCAAUACACACUGUUUAAAAGCUAUGAAGCGCACUGCCAUUUGUACCAGCUCCACUGUUUGUCUUCGUAGUUCUACACCCCUGUUAGACAGAGCAAGUUGAGGUCUGUGUUACGCUGCCCAGACAUCUUGACACAUAGUUUGACGGCUGUGCUUCUACAAUGCUUCUAUGGAGCAGGAAGGUUUAUUUUGGGUAUGCCCCUUUGACGUUAUUCCCCUCAUUGAAUAAGAUUGUGUUCUCGCAGCUGAGUCGGGCCAAUGGAAACAUUGAGUUAAGUUUUUCUGCACAUUUUGGGAAAAUGGCACCUGCUAGGAUGACCUCAACACUCUAAAUGAAAGGCGUCCAAUUCCCUGAGAAUUCCAGCAGAACAUUUCCAGAUAAUCUCAAACCAUCCUUCUAGGAAUCCAGAGGUAGAUCACUCUCUGUUCCCUUGUCAUUAUCCUUUGUAGAGAUGGGGAUUAACCCAACUCGGAGAAUAUCACAGUACGUUGCCCAGGUGACUCUUGAGUUAGGCGUUUAUAACCACUUUUGUUUUUUAUUAAUUUUUAUUUUAUACUGGUUAUUUUCACUAAGAGCACUGGAGAUUGUGACCGCAUAAGAAUUUUACUAACUCACAAUGCGUAGUAGACCUCCCCUGCAGGCCUUACGCCUUCUAUCUAGAUGUCUUUUCUCAAAUACUGUAUAUAAACAUACUCCUUACAGGCACCUGAACUAAGCUUCUGACGGUACCAUAAUACACAUCUGAACUGUUUAAAUGACCUGGUCAUUUAAAAAAAAAAAAUUUUUGAAACCAGUUUUUUUGUUUCUGCUGAUGUUUCACCUUAGUGAAAUAUUGUCUACCAGAUAACACACUAACCACUCGUGAAAGCUGUGAAAGGAAAAACGAUUCGUCCGUGCUGUUUUCAUUUUUUUUUUUUUUAACGGUUUGAGCCUGGAGAUAGAUGGGAGUUAGAUCUCCGCACGUGAGAUGCAACCACUCAGCAGCAGCAGCGCAAAGCUAUUGUGGAGCCAUGCAUAUAGUCCAUUUGUAUUUUGUGGCAUUUCUCAUGUUUUAUUUAGUCUUUUUUUGGGGGAUAAUUGGCAGUAUUACAGUGUAGAAUUAUCUUGCACAUGUCUAGGUUAUUUUAAAUUUGGUUACAUUUGUGUGUUACAUUAGUCAUUAACUUUUUUUAAAUGUAUUUUGUACCUUAUUUGCUGUGUGUCAAUUUUGUUUAUAGUAUUUUACUGUUUUUCACCUGUUUGGAGUUAAUGUGAUGUAUUUCAUUGUGGGGUGCCGUCGACACCCAGGGUGUGCGUAAGGAGCAGGGCUGGGUACAGGUUUGACUAGAAUGAGUUUGGGCUCACAGCUCGCAUGGGUAUGUACAAGUCUUCUGUAUGCUCAUUGAUGACUUCAUCUCCCAUGGGAACAAAAGUGUUAAACAUGGAACAAAUCCUUUUUCUUGCUAUGGGCAGGAUCUUCAACAUCAGAAGAGACUAGUCGCUGUAAUUUGCAGUCUGUAUUGAAUGGGAGUUUAUACUUGGCCAGUACGCUAGAGCUCUUAGCUUAGCUCUUAGCUACUGGCCCGAGUUUCCUUCCUGUACAUAAUUUACAACAGAUUGCACAACCUGUUUUGUGAGUGUUUUUUCACAACGUAUGUUUACAAGAAUGAGUAAUCAAGGUCGGCAUCCUGUUCCAGCAUUUCUGUCAAUGCUCACAUCGCCUCAGCCUGAAAGAACCUAAUUGCCCGUGACACUCUGGGUUGUCCCUCCCAUCUGUUGGUCCCCUGGGGACGCUUGAACGGUAAUUUCGUAUUGAACAGAGAAGCAAAAAUUCAGUGUGACCAUGGUCUGUAACUGUGACGGCAUAUAUGUGUGGCUGUUCUGAUUUUACUUCAAGUCCAUCUGUAAUUCUGUGCUUAUUUUUUUUUUGUUUGUUUGUUUUUUUUCUGAUGUGGCUUGUAAUUAUGCAAUACUGUCUUGGUUCAGCUCUGAAGUGGCGUCCGCUCAAUAGAGCGAUGGAGAUUCAGUGUUAACUCCAGAGGUGGAGCUUAAGGAAAGUUGCCUUGAUCAGCGGGUGGACCAGACGGGCGGAGUGCGCUACGCCGAAGGACUCUCAGAACAGGUGCAGUAAGAGCGGAAUAGAUAGGCUGUGUUUCAGGUGGGGUACAGUAAGGAGGUGGAAAUAUGGAAUUUUCAGGCUACAAGGAAAGAUGGCGGAAGGGCUAUGAGAAAACCUUUUUAGAAUCGAUAAUCCUGACUGUACGAUAAGAUACCCGAGCCUGUAUGUGCGUGUGUUUGACUUUGUAUGUGUACACAUAGAGUACAUGUGUAAAUAUAUCUAUUUUUUUAACUUGAGAUUUAACAAGCACACCUUGCUGGUGACUUCAGUGAUUUCCAAGGGGGGUUGACAGACCAUUGAAAAAAGGCGGAGCUGGUAAAUCCUUGGCAUAUCGGGAUCUACCCGUUGAUGCUUUAAGAGGAGAAAACUUUUUUUAUUGCGAGAGAAUUCAUUCUGAGUGUGGCUGGAGUCAAAAAAGAGAUUCUGUGUGGGUAUGUGUUACUGUGAAUGCAGUCAGUUGAUGAGUCGGACAGUGCAGUACGUUGGUCUGUGCAAUGUCUGCCUCUUCCGUACACAGCUCGAGUACAGAGCCGCACCAAGGGAAUCAGACCCCCAUUGCGUAGCAGAGAGCCCACAGCACGUUGUUCUGACUGCACAUCCAACUGUCAUCCAUUUAUGAAACAGCAGAAAUAUUUGUAGUAUCCAUCUGAUUUAAUCACUGCAAUUGCACUUAAGUACACAUAGAAGGCACAUGGUGUUUUCGUAAGAUCCUUGAAGAACCUGCAGCCAGAAAUGUCCAUGGCUAUCCAGUGUUGAACAUAUUACAUGCCACUUAACUCUGGCGUUUGACAUAUGCGACAAAAACAAUAUUCAGCCCACACAUAAGGACUCUCUCAAAAGGGACUCCACCACCGAUGGCAAGACAACUUCAGUAGAUAGGUGUGGUUUAACCUUUGAUUUUAUGAUCAUAGUCUUUCAGAACUAUGUUGGUAAACCUGAAAUGACUUUCUGCUUAUUACUCCCAUUCGUUUUGGUACCGUUUAUAGGACUUUGGCUGUGUUCUGUAUCAAAUGCUCUUCAAAAAGCAGGCAUGGUGGAAAAGCAGUCAACUUUACAGUUAUAAAGAACAGAGAAGUCGGAGUAGGGGCGUGGAUCAACUGGGAUCAGAGAAAUCUAUCUCCUGAUCCUCGUCUCGAUUCUCUCAUUACUGCGUUAUCAUCGCCUUGUGUGUGAUAGGACGUGAAUGACCUUCUGGGCCCCUGGUCGAGCGUUCAGAGCAGCAGUGCUGACGAAAUGCAUUACCCCCUCCCGUGUUCAUGAAUCUUCCCCACUCCCUGGACAUGUCUAUGUCUUACAGCCUACUUACAGGGCAGGCACUGGCAUGCACUGGGUUAGUUAGUGCUGGAUGAAACGUAAUACACCGAAGUAAUUAAAACCAUUGCCAUGGUUCAGCUGGAAACCUGUUGAGACGGUGCAGGCUGAUGAAUUUAGUGAUGUAAAUGUCUUUCGUUGUAGUGAAUAACAUCAGGAAAGGGGUUCAUAAGCAGUGUGUUUGUCCUUUUUUUUUUUCCUUUUUUUUUUUUUUUUUUUUUUUAAGUAGACUGAAUGUUGAGCUUUUUGUGAGGUUUAUACUAUAACUCGAGUUUACACUGUUUAUAUAUAGUAAUGCACAAUGACCGGUGUGUAUUGACAGGGUAAAUGUGCUUUUUGAACUGAUCUCCCCUUGACAUGUUUUGUAAGAAUCCUGCAAAACGAGAUAGAAUUUCCAUUGGAUGUCAGUGGAUUGAGUUUGGAUGAUAGGGGUAAUGUUUUAUGCCUUAUAUCCUUCAGAUGGAUAUGGCUUACUCUGGUACCUGUAUUAGACUAUGAUGCUGGGCUGGUCUAUUUAAGGAUGUCACCGAAAUCCUUUUAUAUUGGGUGACAUGAGGUGUCAUUGUGCCAUUCCAUUGAGCCACUGUCUCCUCUAUCCCUGCGCCCCAUCUUUGUCUUCUGGCCCUGGCUCUUUAUCCCUGACCCUAGCUAGCACUAUGACCUUUGAACUGAGAGAUGUGCUCCUAGGCUCAAGAAAAGAGAUCACAAUAAACACUUGGUCCUUUUAUUCCCUUGGUUUGUUUUUAAUCUUUUAAAGAUAACAACAUUUGCAAGUGUGAGGCUGCACGCCAGUGUGUAAGUAUGAGUGUGAAUUUGUGAGGUAUUAGUGUGUUUGCACAUAAGCUAGCUUUUUGACACUUUAGGUACUGACUAAACUAUAAUCUUUCCUACUGAAAUAAAACUACUUGAAUUGUUAAA